GCUUGAGUGUCCAAUUCUCGUGUUUUUUUCUGUUUUAAUGGUGUUUUGGGGGCUGGUUUAUGCUGUUGUGUUUUUUAUGUUUUAUUUGAGUGUUUGGAUCGGUUUUCUGUUUUAUUUUGAAGGUUUUUGUAAUGUUUGGUUAUGGCUUUUUGGGGCUUCAGUGUCCAAUUUUCGUGUUUUUUUCUGUUUUAUUGGUGUUUUGAGGGCUGUUAUAUGCUUUUGUGUUUGUUUUAUGUUUUAUUUGAGUGCUCGCAUCGUUGGUUUUCUCUUUAUUCUGAUGUAAUUUUGACGGUUUGGUUUUAUACAGUUGGUCCCUCUCGGUGUCUCUUCCUUAUUUUCAUCUUUAUUUCGGUCCUGCGUGUGUUAUAUCACCAGCUCCUGCACUGGAGAGUACUGUCAGGCGUGCACGUCCUCCUGUACGCCUCCCGUGCCGCCUCACAGCACCUCCUGGGCCGCCUCCGUCACCGCAGCGUCACCACCACUCACGAAUUAAUGAAUGGCGCGGGGACAAACGCGUCCCUGGGGGCGGAUUCUGAAACGAAGUUACGGCGUCGUAUCUGCUUUGGCGGUGUCACACUAGCACUUUUUCCGUCGAUUAAUGCGAUUUCCGUCGAUUUUUCAUCGUUCCGCAUGAACUUAUCGCAUGAAUUUGUCAGACGAUCAGGAUCGUUUCCGCCUGCAAAUUUCCGCCUUUGUUUACAUUUCCAAGACCAAGACCGAGACUUUCCGCGUGGCUUCAAUCUGUCUCAAACGCUCUCCUGCAGUGACAUCCUUCCUCAUCCUGGUGUCAUUUCUGGCAAUAAGAGAGGUCACUAACUCCAGAAGUCUGUGGUACUGGCUUUUGUCCAACCUGAUCCAAUUCUUCAGAGUCUCAUGAUCCUCUAAACUCAGCUCUUUUAACAGCCUGUGGUACACACUUUCUCUUUCCCGACGAGCCAACCAUGAGCGCAUCCAUGCACGCUUUUUGGCUUGUUUAGCUCGUCUAAGUCUCACAAUACACAGUAUUAGGUUCAGAGCAGCGUAUCUUUGCCGCAGCGUGGACUCCAUGUUUGUUUACAUUCCUUGGUCUGUGCCGACGGAAAGUUUCAGACGAAACACCGUUUGUGUGUGACAGGCCGCAGCCAAGAUAUCGACGAUUUUCAGAAAAACGAAGGAAAAAGUUGACGGAAAAAGUGCUAGUGUGACACCGUCUCGCUGCACGUCCGGCCGUAGCGCUUCCGCUGGUAUACUCAAAACACCGGCGCGGCCAUUUUGAUAAGAGUUGCGGCGCCGCAGGUUAAGGCGGGUGUGGGCCGCCCUAAGUGAGUUACGGCCUCCUCUCCCUGCACGCCUUCGCUGCUACGAGUGGAACAUACAUCCUUCAUACAGACUUGGGGAUCCAUCCCCCAUCCUUCGCAACGUAGUAUCUUGCACGCGUGGGUGAGCAGGGACAUCACUGUGUUGCAAGUGUUGUAUAUAUACCAUAGUGCUGAUAAAUGUUAAAGGUAACUUUUCACAAAAAUGGUGUUAUAGCUUGCAUAUAGAAUACAGCAUAGUCUGAAUGUCUGAGGUUAUGAACAAAGGUAGGUUAGGUUUGUGUCAGUGAUAUUAGCAUUAGUAGCUCCUCUUCCGAAAAGUUCGGCCUCCUUUUCUUCGUAGGGGGCAAGGUAGGGGGUGAGGAGAGAGGCUCCAUUGUCGUGAGAGGGUGGGCACCGCGGGAACGUUCGCACAACAGCUAAUUUGUGUUUACAUCCCGCGAUUGGUCGACGCUUCCUAUUUGCCGACUAGAACUUGCCCCUGAUUGGCCACCGAGACGCGGCCGCCUUGCAGCAGCGCGCGCCCUAAGGUCCCCUUACGGCGGCCUUAAAAAGUUUUGAGUAUGUGAAAGGAAUGCCGAGAUACGGCGCCGUAGCGCGCCCGUAGCCAACAGCGCGCGGGCCUUAACUUCCGGCCCUUCUCAGAAUCCGCCCCCCCGAGUGACGCACGGCCUGCACGUGUCGCGUCCAGACACCAUGAAUAACACGGUGUAAUUUUCUGGGUAACACUAACAUGACAUGCAGGGGAAAAGCUUGAAAAUAUUAAGGAUUUCAAUAUUUCCUCUGCGUAAUGCCUGGCGCGGCUAAGAAGCGUGGGCGGGGCGCGGCGCUGCGGCUGGUGCUGGAACCGCCCGCCGUGCCCGUCAGGCGGCGCCGCCCGGGCCGGCAGCACCCGCGGCUGAGCGCGGACGCCAACAACCGCGUGCAGGGCCGCGUGAACGGGCGGGCGUGCCUGGUGCAGCUGGACUCCGGGGCGGAGGUGACCGUGGUGUUCUGGAGCGCGGCGCUGCGCCUGGGCCUGGUGCGCGGCGGGGAGCGCGCCGUGCGGCAGGAGGUGGUGCUGUGGACGGGGCGGCAGGCGCUGCGCGUGGUGCAGCUGGACAGCGUCACCAUCGAGCUGGGCGGCGGCGUGCAGGUGGUGACGCCCGCCACGGUGUUCCCGGCGUGGCUGGAGCACCAGUACGACGCCCAGGCCGUGGUGCUGGACGCCCACCAGCUGCGGCGCGGCGCCAUGGUGCAGCUGUUCCGGCCCGGCGGCAGCGACCUGCUGGUGCGCCGGCCGCGGCGGCUGCAGGGGCGGGUGCGUAAGACGCGCCGCUCCGUGCAGCCCGACGUGCUGACGGUGCGGGUGGCGCGGGACGGCGGGGCGGCCGGCGCGCCCAUGACCAUGCUGCUGGACACGGGCGCCACGGGUGUGCACGUGUCCUGCGAGCGUCGCGCGCUGCUGCUGUCCGGCCGCCCCCCGCCCCGGGGCCUCGAGCUGGACCUGGGCGGCGGCCUGUGUCUGCACGCGGGCCCGCUGGGCGUCGUGCCCUCCAACGACCACGAUUUUAUCCUGGGCGUUGCCGUGCUGUGUGCCAACGGCGCCGUGCUCGACCACGGCCGCCACACGCUGGACCUGCGGGCGGGGGCGGGGUGGUGGCGGGUGUUCACGCAGCCGCCGCCCCGCGCCCCGCGAAGGCUCUACUAGCGUGGCCCUGGGCUGACGCACAAACUGCUGUACCCCCGCCGCGCUCCCCCCCCCCCCCCCCCUUCCUGUUGCCUCGAGCACAUAGGGCCGGGUCUCAUCAGCCGCCUCAGCCCGACCGUGGGUUUCAUCAGUAAUCAAAGCCUUGGGCCGCUCUCAAUCCGAUAAUAGACUAUCGCUAAUUGCGGAACAACGUGAAGAACAGUCUCGUCCGCUUUCUGAUUAAUAUCUAGAACUUUCUGCACAAUUCAAAGACGCAAUACCUUCAAAAAUAUCCAGGACACUUAGGAACAUUGAACUAGUCAGAAAGGAAUAACAAAGGAAUCAAAAUAGACGCUGAAUACCUUAAAAACCUUCGGAGAUGUACACGAGGAAAAGAAAGGCAGUUAACUCAUUGAAUGCGGAUUUCCUACAGUCAGACCCCACCAAGCUACUAGGAUAAAGCAAAAAGUGGCUGUUACAAUUCAAUGAAGAAAAAUGUAAAGUCCUGCACCAUGGGAGGGGAUAUCCAGUACACCAAUACCACAUGGGAAACACUCCACUAUCCACCACAGAGGCAGAGAAAGACCUGGGAGUGUAUGUUACCAGGCUACCAAGGAAGGCCAAAUCCGUGCCAAUCGCAGCGGCAAAGGAUCAUGGUGGAGGAAGAGAAAUACUGCGAGGACAGCUGAUGACGAAACACAGGCAGGGCGGACGAAAAUAUACAUGCGUAACUCAUCCUUUCCUUACCCACCCUUGGCAAAACAGUGGUGAUGCAUCUCAACACCUCCACCGCCACCCCACCGCUAGCUCUCACGGUUGGUCCCCAUUCUCUGCAGGUUGUGGAGCCCGCCAGACUGCUUGGUGUCACCCUAGGCCAUACAUAAUUCAUUUUCUGUCUCAUAUCCUUUACAUCAUUGUCAUUGUUGUAACUAUC